CGAUAUCCAUCCCUUUAGUAUAAAGAUUGCACCUCCCUGUUGUCAGUAUGAGCACUAGUCUCUCUUCACUUUUCCCUUUCACGCCAUGUCCUCAUCCUUUUCCAUUCAGGUGUGCUUUCAAACUUAGGAAUCCUUGACUUCUGACUGAAUGACGCCGACCCUUCCAGACUGCUGAUGGCGGAACAUCCACAGAGGAAUUCCCCUUCCCAGAAGCCCUUCGUCCUACGUCUCUCGUAAUGAGGGUACUGUGUUUUUUGGCACUGGGACGCCCAAAUCUUGAAGAUCAUUGGAACUAUCCGACUCAGCGCCCGUCGCGAACAGGAGCCGACGCUGACAUGCUCUCAAAGGCAAGCGUCCUCCUCGCCAUAAGUGGUGUCUUCGUCAGUACGGCCUCCCUCGUGUCAUACUUCGACUAUACGUCGCCCGUCCCCUACUGUCUCCUCUUUAUAUCCCUUAUGCUCGCCAUGCUCGCCAUGUUGACGUCUGGCUCGAGCAUGAUACGUUGGCUGCACACCGAUCAGCAUUGGACGCAAGAACAACUCAGGCCGGGCGGCUACUUUGUCCUGUCCUACCUGUUGUCAAUAGUCACGCCUAUAUUUUUCGUUGUCUGGUCCCUGAAUUGUUUCAUAUUCGCGAUGUUGAUAGCAGGCUUUUCUUCUCGUGACAUGAUCUGCCGCGCUGUCACUGCGAUCUGGAUGGUCAUAUACGUCGUCAACGUUGGGACAAUGUUGAUGGAAGGUAUCUGGAAGUAUGCGACAAGCCUCAAUCAUGCUGGACGUCGCCAGUAGUUUCCAUUUUGCUCCUUGUUUCACUCACAGUCUGUACUAGUCAUGUUGUAUGUCACGUCCCUGAUAUGACACAAAUGUGCUCCGAGUAUAUGUAUGCAGUCUGUAGUUUUCAAUUAUGCAAAUCAAUUUUUCAACAGCGUUUCACACCACGUCGAAUCGCCAACCCUCAUACAAA